UGAAAUUUCUCAUUAUUUUGCAGUCGACGAAUUCUGUAUCGAUUUCAAUGAAGUAAAUCAGCUGUUUUCUUAAGAUCAUGAUUCUGCUCCAAAUUUUCAACCCUAACCUUUACAGUGGGCAUUCUCUACCCGAAUCAGUUGAUUACAAUUUUUGGAGAUAAACACAGUGAAAUUUAAUCAAUAUUAUAGAUGAUGGGUGCGCAGCAGAGCUCUAGGAAAAUUACAAUAGACAAUGAAGAACCAAACAACGUGAUAAAACUCUCCGAGAAAGUUGUGGAACGGCUGAAGGGAUCUAUUGUGAAAGAGGACGACAGCCCAGCAACAGCAAGAACUACUGUCAAACAACCAGCACCAACGUUUGUGGAUAACAGUUAUUCGCAGGAUCAAAAACAGCGGCCAUCUGACAACGAAAUACGAGCUCAAUACGAAGAGGUAAUUAAACAGAAUAAUCAAUAUUGGGAGAACAAGGUUAAAUCCCUUAUGGAGAAUCAUUACAAAAUUGACGGUAUUUACGAUAGUGAAUAUAAGAAAGCAUUGAAAGAUGUAGAAGAAAACUUCCCCCGACAACCAAUUAAGAAUCCCACCCUACCUUGUCAGGAUAAGAAAAAAAUAGUCCUAGAAUGCUACCAGAAAAACAAAAAUCAACCACUGCUAUGUGCCAGAGAAGUUCAAGAUUUUUCAAAUUGUAUGUGUAAUACAAGAGUUCAACUACAGGCUGACGGUAAACUAUCGUGAUUUUAACUAUGUUUACCAAUAGAUUGGCGGGAAUAGUAUUUGAAAUGUUUAUUAUAGAAGACUCUUAAGAAAAUUGUACAUACCUAUGUUCAAUCGAUGAAAUAAAUAGAUUCUGUUAUUUGUUCA